GCACCCGUCAACCAGCAUGGAAUCUGCUCAUCGCCCACCACGACCCCCAUCUAGUUCGUCCCGACGUCAGCCACCGAGCCGACCUACGUCGAGCCUAUCAACACGAUGUCCAACCAGUGUAAACACUGUCAUUCCGCGUCCUGCUUCCAGCGCGUCUGUUCGGCCCCAUUCUCGACUCACGCAGCGUCCACAAUCACGGCUUGCUCGUGCUCACCAUCAGCGGCUUACUGGUCUAUGCGAGGAUCUCGUACGGGGAGUUAUUGGCGAUGCAGAUCAGGACGAAUUCCGGGAACAAGUCGCGUAUGCGACGCGCUCAUUGAGUGCGGAGGGAACGACGCUCAGCAAAGCUGGCGUUAUUCUUGGUGAGGAAGAAGUGGACAGGAUGAUUCGUGGACACGUCCAGAAAGCGCGAAUUCAGUCCCGAGACGCUCUUGCAGAUGCUCUACAGGUAUCUCACAAGGCGCUGAAAGUGCAGAUAGAGAAGGCUCAUGAUUUGGAUCAAGAAAUCAAGUCUGUUCAUGUACCCUCACACCUUCAAUUACUACUCGCUCUAGCCAGUCCACCCACUGCGGGAACCCUGGCUCAUGCGUCAGCAUAUCUUGUUUCACUAAAAGAGCCUCCAAAAGAACCCGAAACCUUGACGUGGAAGAAGAUCCUCGAAGAAGAACCCUUUGAAGGCGAACAUUGGGAGGGUGUUUACGGUUUGCUACCGGGAAGUGUCAAGAAUUGGCGUGAGCCUGAUUCACAAAGCGACGUUUCAUCAGUGUUGUCGUUGGACUCGGAUGAUUUGGAUCUCGAUGACUCGUCAGAGUCGCUGCCUACUCCUCCUCGAUCGCCUUCGCCUUCGCCAGCUAUCGAUAAGCCUAUGCAUGACGUACGGGUAUCCAUAUCUCAUCGUAAAGAGGUGGAGGAGUUGGAGUCGCGACAAUACUGGCGAACUGAGUGGAGAAUGCCCAUUGAAGGCACCAGAACAAAGUUUGAUAUAGGUGAUGCAAGCACUUUAGGGCCUACGUUGCAGAAUGUCCUAGGGAGAGACGCGUUUGGCUUACCAACAGAGUUGACGCAUAUUCAAGACCGAUAUAUAUACGAGCAUGAUGCUGUACGAGAAAUCCUGUUUGCGUUGCAAGGACGCGAAAACAUAAUGCUUCAAUGGCGACACGGAGAGUACCGAACAUCCGUGGCUACUCCCCGACUUCUCCACCUGUCUCUAGCAUCUCAGGCGUCCAUUUUAACGACUCUGGCUCGACCAUGCACCACUGUUCAACGCCUUCGUGACUUCAUCAAUCAUGUCUUCAAGACACCCAGCGGUUCAAAGUCCAAGACACCAACGCUUGAAGCUUUUGCUGAUGCUCUGGAUUCAGAGAUACGCAUGUGGGAUGCUUGGUGUGCUAGUAAGGAGGAAGCGAUAUGCAAGGCCACGAACGGCGUGUCCUACGAUGACGGCUUGGUUGUAAGCUUGCUUUCCCUAGAAAUGCAAAUUCGAGACAUCUUUGGCGAGUCAUUCUUUGUCUUGCUGGAUGUAGUGCGAACAGUGUUUGGGGAUGAUUAUUCCGCCAAGGCUUCGCCGGCGACGGUAACGGCAUCACUGUUGGACCAUCUCUUCGUUUCGAUGCAGAAACAUUUGGAGAGAGGUCAACGGAUGACGGCAGGCAUGAUCAUGAGGGUGUUCAUCAGGAGUGCAGAGCCAUUAUGGGGGAUGGUGGGACGGUGGUUAAAGGAUGGCAUGGGAGUGGGCGAUGUCGAUGAUUUGGAUGAUGAAUUCUUCAUCGAAAGUAACGGGCUUGGAUCGGGAGCAUUUGGUGUAGGACUGUUGGACCCGGAUUAUUGGGCUGAAGGAUAUACCUUGAGGUAUGAAGAUGAAGAUGAAGAGAACGGCAGUAGGAAGGGAAUACCAACGUUCUUCCGGCACAUUGCUGAGCCUGUUUUGGGGACGGGUAAGGCUGUAGGGCUGUUGAAGGCCCUUGGCAUCAAUACAGCUCAGGAUCAAUUCGUCCGGUGGAACUGGAGACCGCUUGCUGAGCUUGUGGCAAAGGAGACAGGACAAGACGAGGCACAGGGAUUGUUCUCGGUGUCCAUCGACACAUUAUCCGGUCUUAUUCAUGAUGAGCUAACGCCUUAUUGUCUCUUAAUGGGGUCCUGGUUAUCCAACGCUAUAGUGGAGGAGUGCGAUUUAUGGGGACACUUAAGAACCAUCGAAAAUCUUUUUCUGAUGAUCAAAGGCGAUGCCAUGAGCCAUUUUUGCGACGUGCUUUACGCUAAAAUGGACACUCAGCAGCAUUGGAGUGACUUCCACUUUCUCAAUACUACCUUCAAUGAUGUGGUGGAAUCCGGGAGCCAUGUCGGGGCGAAAGAAUGGGUUCAACUGUCAUUGGUACGGUUUUCGUAUCGUGGGAGCCGAGAGAAGGUUGCCGCAAAGACUGUAAAGGCCCUUGACGGUCUUCUCUUGGAAUACGCGGUGCCAUUUCCAUUGACGUACAUAUUUACGCCCAGGACCCUUCAGGUGUAUGGAGAAAUAUUCGUCUUUCUGUUGCAGAUCAAACGGGCGAAGAACGUAAUGGAGAGGAUUCUCGUGCGUGGCGAUGAUAGGAGAGUAGGAAACGAGCUUAAGACUUUCUAUGCAAUACGGAGUAGAUUGAGUUGGUUCGUGAACGCCCUUCUCAAUUUCUUGACGACCUACGUCAUUCAUGUCCAAAUUCUGAAAUUCCACGAAGCAAUACGCGCGGCAAAAUCGAUGGAUGAGAUGAUACGCCUACACGACGAACAUCUAGAUAAAUUGCAAGGGCGAUGUCUAUUACAGAACAACACGACAGCACUUCAUCGCACGAUCAUAUCUAUAUUAGAUAUGUCUCUACACUUUAGUGAAAUGUUUGUAGCCUUUGCAGGAGAUACUACCACACAUGAUAUUUCGCGACCCUUCCUCAUCACGAAGCGUCGACGAACGCACGCACAGAAGCGUGCACGUAGAGAUGUUGUCGGCUUUUCCCAGUUUAUGGAAGAUGCCAGUGAUAGUUCUGAUUCUGACGAGGAAUUCGAGAGUGUCGUAGCACCCGAGUCGUCCUUUUCUGUUGGGGCUUCGACGAUAUCCUCUUCCAUGGACGAUGGGGCAGUCCGAUUGGAUAAGAUGUCAUCAGAGUUGGACGCGCUUGUGCGCUUUGUGCGAAGAGGAGCCGAGAGCCUUGCGGGGGGGACAGGGGAUGCUGCGGCCACAUUUGGUGUUAUCGCAUUCACUCUAGAAGACUGGGACAUGUAAUUGUUUCAAGAAUGAAGACCAUAUUAAU